AGCGGGCUCCAGCCGAUAGCGCUCUGGCGGCCUCGACCGAUCGAGCGAGAUGUUCAUGGUGCAGGACAAAGCGGGCGCCAUCGUUUCGAUCUCCUUCUCCCUCCUGUUCCUCGGCUCGUGGCCAACGAUCCUCACCCACGCGGAGCGCAAGGGCCGCCUGCCGCAGCACGCGUACCUCGACUACUCCGUCUCCAACCUCCUCGCCGCCGUCCUCAUCGCGCUCACCUUCGGCCAGCUCGGGGACGGCCGGCCCAACUUCUUCACCCAGCUCCGUCAGGCCCAGGAUGACUGGCCUUCAGUGCUGUUUGCGCUCGGAGGCGGCGCUGCGCUCAGCGUUGGGAACCUUUGCACACAGUAUGGGUGGGCAUAUGUGGGUCUCUCGCUUACCGAGGUUAUAGUUUCAAGCUUGACUGUUGUGGUAGGCACAACACUGAAUUACUUCUUGGACAACAAGAUCAACAGCGCCGCGAUUCUUUUCCCUGGAGUGGCAUGCUUCUUGGCUGCAGCCACCCUUGCCUGUGCCCUCCACAGUUCCAAUAAAGCUGAUGAUAAAAAGAAACUAAGUGCAUCCCCAAAUAGUUACAGCUUUUGCACAAAUGGAGGUUUGACCCUGGGCGAACAAGUCAGCAUCACAGAACCUCUAAGGGACACGGAAAAUGGAGAUUCUCCUGUGACAGAUGCCACCAGGGCUAAACCAGGAAGUAAAGAAUACCUAAUUGAGCUCGAACAACGGCGUUCAAUUAAGGUAUUGGAAUCAAACAAGUUCAUAGGGAUUGCAAUAGUGUUAUUCGCUGGGUUCCUCAUGUCCCUCUUCUCCCCGGCAUUCAACCUGGCCACCAACGACCAGUGGCACACCCUGAAAGACGGUGUCCCACACCUGAUGGUCUACACCGCCUACUUCUACUUCUCCAUCUCGAGUUUCGUUAUCGGUGUGGGCAUCAACAUCUGGUUCCUCUACUGUCCAAUUGCCGACGUGGAAAAGUCAUCCUUCAAGGCCUAUCUGAAAGACUGGAAAGGCAGACAGUGGGCUCUUCUUGCCGGCUUACUUUGCGGUUUCGGCAAUGGAUUGGAGUUCAUGGGUGGUCAGGCUGCUGGUUAUGCAGCCGCUGAUGCUGUUGAGGCAUUGCCACUUGUGAGCACAUUCUGGGCCAUCCUGCUGCUCAAGGAGUACUGGAGGGCAUCGAAGAAAACGUACAUUCUGCUUGUGUCCAUGCUGUUCACGUUCGCCGCCGCAGUAGCAUUGCUCAUGGGUUCAGCAGGUCAGAGGAGCACGAAGUGAUCGGCCACCCCAUCCUUUUAUCUCUUGUUCUAGUUUGCAACUCUAACUGCCACAAAGCGAAGAAAUUCAGACAGCAAGGCAUGCAAGGGCCCUGAUGAUCCAGGAAGCAGGCCAUGCCUGAAAUUCCAUUCAUGAAGUUUCGGUUUGAAUAGAGCUGUACGGAUAAUGGAAAGGAACCACAGCAUCAACAUUUAGCAUAACCAGACCUUUAGGUGGUGGAGUGACUGGAGUCCAUUGACGAGCAGACGUCAGGGAGCCACAACUGAUAGAAGUUCUGGGUUUAAACGUGUGUUGCAUGAUCAGUAUUAUAUAUCCAAAGAUUUCUAUCACAUAAGGAGCAUCUUCUGCUAAAUUACCAUUUCAUUCCAGGAUAGCUCAUUAAAGAAGAUUCAGUUUUUACUUUGGUUUUCUGUUACAAGAGAUGUUCAACUGUUCCUCUUUGCUGGAUACAUAACAAAGGAGACAUGUACAGAUAUCUGGAUCUAUCUUGCAGCUGAUUGCACACAAGGAUUUCUCUGGUACAAAUAUGUCAGGAGUGGGAUGUAAUAUCCAUACUUAGCAGGCAGUAACAGAUCUCAGCCAAUCUAUAUAGGUCAGACUGGAAAUAUAUGUGUAUGCUCAAGCACAGAGUAUUACCACAAUCCAUGCAUAUGUUCUUCUAGAUGGCAAACUCAAUACCAGAGGUGUGAUGUUUAGGAAAAAAAAUCAGUGCGAAUGAAAUCUAACGGUGGAAGGGAAGCAUCUUUUGUGAAUCCGUCUGACUCAUUGCCUGAAUUAAUUAACUGGUUGGUCAGUGCCAUCGUUGCCGAUGAGCUCGAGCGCCAUCUCAAGGCUCGCAACGACAUCUGAUAUGUCCGGCCGUUCCUUCCCCUCCAUCUGCACGCAGCAUGCUGCCGUCUGUGCCAGGUGAUCGAUGGCACGUGGGUCUUGCAGCUGCAGGUGCGGAAGCAGCUCCCUAAUCAUGAGGAUCCGACGGGCCAGCUGGUCGCACUCUCUCCUGUUCUGGCGAGCCGUCAGCGCGGCCUUCAUGAUCAUGGAGAUGAGCCCACCGAUGUCCGCGCCGUCCCCGCCUGAUUCAGCCCAGUCCAUAGCACCAUUGCAGCCGCCUUGCAAGUAACCUGCACACAAGAUAGACAGACUCAAAAGGAUCGUGUUCUUCGUGCUCGUGCCUUUUCUUGAAAGAAAAGGAGUUCAGCAAAUGUAAAUUGUGCUUGGUUUCC